AUGAAUACAGGAAAUGGUGUCUGUCUCUGUCCACUGGAUGGCGCCGCAGCUCGAUGAGGUCGGACAAAAUACACCACCGAAGAAGAAUUUCAACUUCAUUGGCUGCUGUCUCCAACCAUGAAGGAAGCAACUGUAUAAAGCUUGUUUUAGCCAGUAUUAUUAGUGUUGUUGAUGAAUUUAUGAAAAUAACAAAAUGUGGAGGUUAAACAAAGUUCGUCACAAAGCUGGACGACUCGGCGGCAGCCUGGAGGAGCUCAAAUUAAAGAAGCGAGAACACGAGAAGGCACUGAGACAGGCCCGCAGAGACAGACAGCUCGUGAGCAAGAGACUCCUGCUGAACGAAGAUGAGGACCAGCCAGAGGUCAAUAUGGACACUAGCUCAGGGGAGCAGGACGUGGUCAGUUUGUUCCACACACUUCAACACAGCGGGCCGGAGAGGGAGGCCCACCUUAAAGCCUUGAGUAAAGCUCUCCGAGACCCGACAGCACAGCUCACUUUCAUCAAGCAGGAGAACAGCAUGCAUCUCCUGGUUGGACUCCUCACUGGCUCUAAUGCUUCCUGCCGUCUGCAGGCCGUUCGGUGUCUUCAUGAGUUGUCUCACUCUUCCCACGCCAACGUGGCACCAGCCUGUCUGCCUGCCACCCCCUACCUGCUCACGUACCUGUCUGGCCAGAGCACCAAGUUCACUGAGCUGUGUCUCUACACACUGGGUAAUUUAUGCCCAGAGAGUGAUGCUGUAAAAGAGAAACUUCUGGCCCAGGGUAUCAUACCAGCUCUGGCCAGCUGCAUUGAGAACCAGAGACAUAAUCUUGCAGUGGUGGAAGCUGUAGGCUUCACACUCUCUCAGCUUCUGCAGGCCAAAGAUGCAGCAGCAAAAAUAAUCCCGUUGGUCCUGGCCUCCAGUUUACCUUCACACCUGUUAUCAGUCCUAACUCCUGACCCAAAGUUUGGCCUGGCACCUGCCAUUGAGUGCGCAUGGUGUCUGCACUACCUCACAUGCAGCAUGGAGGAUAACAGAGUGCUGUUGGCUCAAGGCGCCCUGUUGAAGUGCAGUUCCCUGUUGGUGUCACUAGGUGCUGCUGUGGCUGAAGGAAACAAAGAAGAGGGAAUGGAGUUGCUCAUCUGUCCUCUGCUGAGGUGCAUGGGAAACCUCCUGUUCUCCUGCCCAGUGGAAACCCUGAGCACUGAAGUGGGUGAUGUCCAUGUUGUGGUCGCUCUGUGUGCACUUCUUCAGGCCUACUUGCAGAGUCAGCCGGCUUUGGCCAGAGAGAGUGCCUGGGUGCUGAACAACCUCACAGCUCACUCCAGCGCUCUGUGCUCUGCUCUGCUGACUCUCAACUUGGUCCCAGGACUGAUCCAGCUCCUCCCUUUCUCUCAAGGCAUCAACACCAUGAUCCUGAGGGUUCUAGCAAAUAUUGCCCACAAAAAAGAGGAGUUCUGUGUCCAGCUGGCUCAUCUUGGACUGCUGUCGGCGCUCUGUGCCACACUGAAGAUGGCCGACCAAGAGAUGGUGACCCUGAGUAUGGAUGUCCUGUUCAUGCUGGUGGUCAGUGGUUCCCAGCUAGCCGAGGAGUUUGUGAAGCAAGGCGGACUUUUACUGUUAGAGGCCAUUCAGUACAACAGCGAAGGAGAGAUCAGACGAAGAGCAACAUAUCUCCUGGAGCACCACCUAGUGUCCUACUCAUCCUAUUGUUCGGUGGACAAUACUCCAUGUUCUUAACCAGCAGGCAUCAGAUUCACACCUAUGGGAUACAGCGUGUCACGAAAACAGGAAUACCACAAUUAGCAUUGUGCGAUCUGUGUGCUGGAGAAAAAAGUGUUGUUCAUUUUUAACUACUUUUUGAAUAUGAUCUACAUGUAUUUUGAUAUCCUCCAUCUUCAGUGAUGUUGAGUCCAUUGUAAUUUGAUAUGUGUAAAUAUGAAAUAUUUAUAAUACCUGAAUCUCAGUAUCUCUCACAUCUGAGACUGGAACACCUACUUUAUCUGACAGAGGACAGCGUUUAUAUGACUGAUUGUAAAUAUGUAGAGUGAGGGUGAUGAUGAGCCCUAUUUUUAUGGUUUACUAAUGAUGACGAUGUAUUUCAGAAGUAUCAUGUGUUUUUAGUAACAAUGACUGCAUCUAAUGAAUUAUGAAUGAAUAAAUAUCCACUACAAACUGCUUU